UGCCCCCAUGGAUAGAAGGCUAAGAGAUGGGAGGGGGAGCCCUGAACUCAUGGUCCCUUCAUGGGCACCAGAGCAGUCACUCCACCCUAAACUGUGACUUGGACCCUCCUUGGUCUCCCGACACUUUUUUCCCCAUUUCUAGUUUGGUCUCUUUGAUCCCCCCUCUCCUCCAUCUCUGCCCACAGAAGGGACCUUCCUCUGGAACUUUCCUAACUAACUCCCCCCCAAACCUCAUUGUUUGGGGAAGCUGGCUAAAUGCUCCAAUCUGGCCAGCCUCCUGGAUUUUAAUUCGGAGGUGGAACAAGUCUCUGACCCAAGGUGAAGAUUAGCAGAUGGAUUUGCAAAGCUGUGACUAACAUUUGGAAAUCUCACAUCCCAGCUCUGGCCCCCUUUACUGAGCAGCAGAAAACCCAAGAAACAAGAGUGAGCACCUAUCCUGGGAGCCUGGGAGCUCGACUCAGCCAGCCGGACCGCACAACUACCCAGGCCCUGCUCAGUGGCUUCUCCAGCCAGCUCGUAGCCACCCUCAAACACUCCUGAGGAAGGAACGGAGACAGCCCUGCCUGCCAGAGGAGCUCGGCGAUGAGGAGCUAGGAACCAGAGGCCCAGGGAACCAGAGCCAACACUAGGGCACUCGAGGGGCUCCAAGCGUCAUGGCGUCUCUUGGCCUCCAGCUGCUGGGGUACAUCCUGGGCCUCGUGGGGCUGGUGGGCACCCUGGUGGCCAUGCUGCUCCCGAGCUGGAGAACGGGCUCCUACGUGGGGGCCAGUAUCGUCACGGCCGUCGGCUUCUCCAAGGGUCUCUGGAUGGAGUGUGCCACCCAAAGCACCGGCAUCACUCAGUGCGAUAUCUACAGCACCCUGCUGGGGCUGCCCGCAGACAUCCAGGCUGCCCAGGGCAUGAUGGUGGCUUCGAGCACCAUCUCGUCCCUGGCCUGCAUCAUCUCUGUGGUGGGCAUGAGGUGCACUGUCUUCUGCAAGGACUCCCCGGCCAAAGACAGGGUGGCAGUGGUGGGCGGAGUCUUCUUCCUCCUGGGAGGCCUCCUGGGUUUCAUCCCCGUCGUCUGGAACCUCCACGGGAUCCUGCGGGACUUCCACUCGCCGCUGGUGCCCGACAGCAUGAAGUUCGAGAUUGGAGAGGCCCUCUAUCUCGGCAUCAUCUCCUCCCUCUUCUCUAUGGUGGCCGGCACCAUCCUCUGCUUCUCUUGCCCAGCCCGGGGGGGAGGCCAGUCCCCCUACUAUGGCGCUUACCAAGCUCAGCCCUUAGCCACCAGGGCCUCCCCUCGGCCGGGGCAGACCAUAAAGGGCAAGAGCGAAUUCAACUCCUACAGUCUGACAGGGUACGUGUGAGGAGUGCCUUGGGGGGUGGGGGCCAGAGUGGGGGGGCAGCCCGUGGCUCUGAUAGGGGGAGAGACAUUUCCAUCUGAUCGAGUCAGAAGGCAAUGCUGAAGAUAGGACGGACCUCGGGGGUUCCCUGGAGUCUGACUGGAGGAGCUGGUGCCAAGGCCUUCCCACAGACCUCCUCCCCACCCGGCAGCCCCCCUCCCCACCGCCACCCUGCCCUUUUCUUUCCCCCAGCCCACGGGCCCCUACCUGCCUUAUAUGUCUGGGAAGCCACCCCGGUUCCCUCGCCUGCUCCGCCCCCUCCCCCGGGCCUUCUCAGCUCAAGAACUUCAGAGUCUCCCUCCUUGAACCCUUCCCACCCCCACUCCCUCCAAGGCCCCGACCAGACUGACCAUUUCUCGCUCCCAUUGAGAGGCAGAGGAAGAGGAAGAGCCAGCUCCCAUGGGGCUUCUGACUGGGGUGUGGGAGGGGGAAGGCCCAAAUCCCAUCAAGCAUGCUUCCUCUGCCAGGAGAGUUCACAGAGAAGCCGGGAGCUUGGGCACUCUGGAGGGCACCCACUCCAGGCCGCUGCCCCGGCGAUGGGGAAGCCACAGGAGCCCGAGAUGGGCGGGGGGAGGGAGGGGGAACCAGUUUUCCUAAAGAUUUCCUAGAGAUGCUCCGUGGCUUGGGGUAGAACAGCAUGUGGGGCCGAGGAAUAUCCUGACAUCCUCCUAGAUUUCCUGAGAAAUAGUAAAAAUGGAAAAAUAAAAAUACUGAGCUAAAAGAA